GAAAUUCCGGCGAGGCUGAAGUUGUUGACUCAUGAUCGGCCACUUUUAUUUGAAUCUUGAAUCAACAGUUUGCUGCCUGAGUCUCACGCAGCUUCGUCCUAUUCAAUAUUGACUAUCAGAACAAGGCUGACACUGUCGCCUGUCAGCGGGCUCCCAUACCCUGCGAUGGCUUCGUCGAACUCAUCGACAGCGCUUGUGAAGCGUAAUUCAGUCCAAGAUGUGGCCGCUAUGCCCCCACCACCUUUCAAGCGGAUCAAGAGACCACCGAAAGUCCUGGACGAAGAUGAAUACACCAGUGCGCUCUCCGAUAUCAUCGCGCGAGAUUACUUUCCCGGCCUGCUAGAAAGCCAAGCGCAGCACGAGUACCUCGCUGCGUUAGACUCAGAGAACGACUCGUGGAUCGCUGAAGCCGCGCAAAAACUCAGAGACGCAGCCGCGCCAACGUCUGGGAGCAAGAGAAGGUCAGCAAGAAAUACAAAAUUCGAUGGCAUUUCUUCCGCUGCCGCGACACCAUUACGCACACAAGGUGUUGCUGACACGCCGCUGGGCUAUACGGGAAGCGAGACGCCAGUCACACUUGCUGGCAGCGAGGUGGGUGACGAUGUCUCAAGCGAGCGCGAAAAUCUCAAGAGCCGUGUCGACGCAUCCGCCCUGUCGCUAGGCGCAUUCCAGGCGAAAUACACAUCGGAGGACAAUGAGUCGUUCAACGCCCUGCUGGACAAGCAGAACUACAAGCGCCGCGAGAAACACGCCUACCUUUGGACGCAGGACCAACGCAUCCCGUCCGCACGACAGAUCGCAUACCGCGCGCACGAAGCACGCCUGCUCAAGGAGCGCGAGGAGCUUGAAGAAGCUACAGGAAAAGAACUCGUACUAAUGACGACGGGAGCAACGGCUUCGCGCCCCGCGAAACCAGACGCCUGGCAGAACAAGAGGCCCGACAAUACAUUCAUGUUCAACGCCUCGUCCGUCGACGAGGACGGCCUACAAACGGUACAAGAAGUCAAAGAGCAAAACUCCAAAGCCGGGCCCAAACACGUGGUGCACGCCAACACGAGGUUCCCGUCCAUGCUGUACGUCGACGACCCAGGCCCGGUUCCGCCUUCGCCAUCGCUGAACACGGAUAUCAUUGCGAGGCGUGACGCCGCUAGACAUAAACGUGCAGGUGCAGAUACAGACACUGAGACCGAAAGCGAAUUUACGGGUGGCGAGACCCCGCGCGUAAAUGGAUACGCCUUUGUCGAUGAGGAUGAGCCGGAGAAUGUGCCGGUGGAGAACACGGCGCCGAGUUUUCGCGACUUACUGGCCGGGCAGGUUGGCGACGCGACGCCCAAUCCUUUCAAGAUCAGUGAGAAUCGGAAACGGGAGGACUUGCAUAUGCGCAUGCUGGACAGGCAGGCGAAGAGGCAGAGGGAGAAGGACCGACAGACGGCGAGACCGGCGGAUAUAGCGGCCACACCGGCAGGGAAUAUGACACCCGCGGCGAGACGGUUGAUGGAUAAGCUUGGAGGGAGGACGCCUGUGCCGACCGACACUGGUCAUGGUCAUGCGAAGGAUAUGUGGACGCCUGGACGGACCCCGAGGAGAAGUACGGCGGUGAGAAAGUGAGCUGCUGAACUUGGCUUGACGGACGAUGACUCAUAGGACAACACCUGGGUGAUGGAGACUGGGAAGCGCAACUACAUUGGGGUGGCGGCGGCGGCGGAGGCAACAACAAUCAUAACCAGUGUCGAAGCGAAGAACAUCAGUGCGGCCGUCGUAAUAUUAUUUUGCGAUCUAUGAAACACGAAUAGCCCGUCGUGAACACCAUGCUACGAGGCUUAAUGGUCAAACUCCCCCAAACACCAC